ACUGCAAACGAGCACUGACACAGCCCAAACGCAACCUGUGCAGGGGGGCAGCAGCACUCCCCAGGGAUCCCUUCCUCUGAGCACUACAUAACAACACCUUCCGUGACUGCCUGCUUCAGUUCAGCUCACAACAAAAACAAGGCCACCGAGUUGCUGAGAACUCGAAUGGCGGCCGAUGCCGUCAGAAAUCCGGCCGGGGAAGGAAGGUUUCAGGACCUUAAAACAUCGAAGGACAGUAUGUCUGAAAAGCAGAAAAUUAAGGGGAGAAGCACAGAAGGUCAUGGAGCUGUUGUUGCUCUUCCAAACGCAGAUAAGAUAGUGGAAGAAAUCUGUGAUUCAUACAAAGCUCUAGGAAUAAAUAGCCAAAAAACACAGACAACCAGACUGUGGCAGGAUAAACAAGUGGCAUGUUGUCAAAGUAAAAAGCAGUUAACGUUACAGAUGGGACAGCACACCUCUCUACCUUUCUUGCUGAAGAAAGGGAUCAUAAGGCAUGGCUUUGACUUCAGCUUUCUGCUACAGGCCUCAUGCCCAGAAUCCAACACUCCAAAAUCUUGUCAGGAUUUAGGUGCCGUCCGGAUAAUAAAAGCACAUAUGCAACAAAGGUUUGAUAUAACAAUACUAGAAAACAGGAACAAGAGGUCUGAGUUCCAUUUGCCACCAGUGACAUUUCGGCCUAUAAGAACAAUUCAUCUUGCUCUUCUAGACAAUAUUUUCGUCAAUAAGCACACCAAGAUCAGAAAUAUUUGGAAUAUUAUGAAGUCUAUUUCUCAGCCUAUAAAAUCGGCUACUAAAUUUUAUCAGUAUCAGUUAGGCAAUAUAGUAAAAAGACAAGCUGAAAAGUCCUCAGGUGUGAUUGUGGCUACUACUUCUGAGAAACUCACUCCAACAGAAGGCCUGUACUGCUUCAGCAAGAAUAAAUAUUGUAAGUUCCCUAACAAUAAGAAAGAAGAAAUUGAGAACAAUUUGAAAUGGACAGAAGCUGGGGUAGCUGCCAAUACUGAAAAGAACAACCAAAAGUCUCAGUUUUCAGUGGCUUGUGAGAAUGUAGAUAUUAUGACCCAAGACAGUUUUUGUGAUGCUAGUCUUUUUUACCUGAGCUCAAGCAAUGCUGUGAAAAACUGUGGAAUAUUUACAGCUCUGUGUCCUGUAUCAAAAAGCACAGAUAUUUUAAGAGCUGGCAAGAAGGAAGAAAGAGAGGAGAAUUCCUACAGAACUGGUAUAGAAGAGAACAUUACAGACACGGUGCUGCACUGUAGACCAUGUGAAGAUGCUGAGUGUGUCCUCUUCAUGCUUGGUGAUCGUAAUUUAGAUUCUUCAUGUAAAAAUGAAGUGAUUGAGUCCUGCCAUGUCUUAGAAGAUAAUUCUGUAGCUGCAGUAAUUCCUGGAGAAGAAAUGCGAGAUGAUUGCUCUGGAAAACAAAUAGAAAAUAAUGUUUGUCUUCUCAAAUUUGAAAUGGAAAACAAAGCAAUGUCAGAAGUGACUGCAAAAGGUCAAAGUGAGCUUGUUCCUGUUGCCCAUGUUACUUUCUCUGAACAAGAACUACCUAGGAAACCACACGCUGCUAAACAUCCUUCCAGAAAAAGGAGCACCAUUCGUAGCCUGCCUCCUCAUAUCACCCAGAGCUUCAACAUUCUUGCUCGCAAAGACAAUGACAAAAGUGAGAUAAAGAUGAAUAGAAACAAAUGUUCAUCAAAAUCAAAAAUGAGUAGCAAGACAAGGACGCUUGAAGGCUUAGUUGUUUCUGAUGAGAUUUCCGUAAAACGUAAUACACAGAAGAUGAAUGCCAAAAGCAAGAUUUUUCCAUCUUUGCAACUGCCGUGCAUGGAAUCUGAGACUUUCCUGAAGUGUCAAAAAAAAAUACCUCAAGCCAACAAAUAUCAUUUUCUUCAGAGUUCUCAGAAACUUAAAAAGCAAAGUUGUUCCUGCAGUUGCAAAAAUCUUGUUAUCUCAAAGAAACCUGUUACUCCACUUUCUCUACAAUAUGCACAAUCUGCUUCAGAUUUUGUACAGCUGAAAUACAGUGAUAUGUUCAAGAAAAUAAAUUCAAAUGACAAAGGCCCGGAUGUUUAUGAGAUGUUUGGAACUCCUGUCUAUUCCCAUGUGCGUGAGCUUGAUCAACUUGAGAACAGUUCUUACAGAAAUGCUUGUUCUGCUCCACCUGGGCGAUGCACUGCUAGCACCUGCAGGUCUACCUGCAAUAAAAGAAGAGACAGCAGCCAAAUAAGAAAUACUCAAAAGAGGACACAUUGUAAGCCAAAGAAGACCGUAUCUGUCACUAAACAAAAGCAGAAAGGCUUACGUGCAAACAACAAAAGUAUUGAAUUGAGUGGUAGCAACACAAAGCAAGAUAAUGUAAUAUCUUCUGGUCCAGAUUGUCAAAUACAAACUCCAAGUAGCAUGACAUUGUUUCAUGGAGACACAGAUCAUCAGCUUAUAGUUUUAGAAGAACUUUCACGAUCAACAAAGCCAAACAAAAUUCUUUCAAAUUCAAAGUUAUCAACUAUUAAAGAAGCCUCUUUGGAGCAGUCUCUAGGCAGUCAGGAUCUAUCCAACCAUCAGAUAGCUGCUUCCUGUAGCCUGGAUCUUCUUCAGCUCAAUGAUAAAGACUACACAGAAUGUGCUGCUCCAAGUAACAUAACAGCAGACCAGAACAUUUGUGUACCCCAGUACAUUGUGGAUAUGAAUGGCUGCAAAAGCCUGGAAUCAGACCAGGCCUCCUUCAAGACUAUAAAUCAAAGAGAAGCAUUGCCCUUUUCAGAUAGUCAGGAGUGUCAAUUUCUUAGAAACAAAUUAAGUCACAGUUGGUCAUACACACCUCAGAACAGUAUUUUGGCAAAUGAACUCACUCAGCCUUCAAUGAUUCAGACAACAAAUGUUACAAGCCCCAGUUUCCAGACAAGUCAAAACAUUUUGUCUUGGGCAGGUAAUAAGGAUGUAACUGAUGAGUUGCUUUGUUGUCUGGCUGCAGAAUUUCUAAUGCUUGGAGAUAAAGACAUCAACUCUUCAAGAACAAAACAUGCAGGUUCUAAAAUGCAGAAUACCUGUACUAAAGAAGAAGGAAACAUAAUGAACAGAGAUGGAGAAAUAGUAGAUAAUGAUCUAGAGAAGAGUCACAGAAAAGCCUUUCUGGCGUCAAGUGAAGAAAGUGGACUGCUGAACUUCGAGGAAUCUACUCAAGUACCAGGAAGCAAUUUAAAUAACAAGGAUACUAUCAUGUGGACAAGAGGUGAAGUCCUUGGAAAGGGAGCCUAUGGCACAGUAUACUGCGGUCUGACAAACCAGGGACAAUUAAUAGCUGUAAAGCAAGUUGUUUUGGAUACGUCAGAUCAACUGACUACAGAAAAGGAGUACCAGAAGCUGCAUGAGGAAGUUGAUCUUCUGAAGACAUUGAAGCAUGUCAAUAUUGUAACUUAUUUAGGAACUUGUCUGGAAGACAACAUUUUAAGUAUUUUCAUGGAGUUUGUUCCUGGUGGUUCAAUUUCCAGUAUUCUUAAUCGUUUUGGUCCAUUGCCCGAAAUUGUCCUUUGUAAAUACACAAAACAAAUUCUAGAAGGGGUUGCAUAUUUACAUGACAAUUGUGUAGUACAUAGAGAUAUCAAGGGCAACAAUGUUAUGCUCAUGCCAAAUGGAAUAGUAAAGCUAAUUGACUUUGGCUGUGCCCGGCGUUUAGCUUGGGUCAGCCUCAGCGGCACACACAGCGAGAUGCUCAAGUCUGUGCAUGGGACUCCAUAUUGGAUGGCGCCAGAAGUUAUCAAUGAAUCUGGAUAUGGGAGGAAAUCAGACAUCUGGAGUAUUGGCUGCACAGUAUUUGAGAUGGCAACAGGAAAACCACCACUGGCUUCCAUGGACAGGAUAGCAGCCAUGUUCUAUAUUGGGGCUCACAGAGGACUGAUGCCUUCUCUACCUGAUCGAUUCUCUGGAACUGCAGUGGACUUCGUGCAUGCAUGCUUAACCAGAGAUCAACAUGAACGUCCUUCUGCUCUGCAGCUGUUGGACCAUCCCUUUGUGAAAGGAAGACAGUGAAUUGUUCAGAACCCUUGUCAAGUGAGUAUACAUUUUCUAUUAUAAAAUUUUUUUCUGCUUGUGAAGAAGAUCAGAACAAACUGAAGUUAGAAGUAACAGCAGAACGCUCUACAAAUGGGUUGUGUAGACAAUAAGUCUAUUUUUAGACAGUGCUUAACAUAUUUUGUCACAUCUGUACUCAUUAGAAUGGGCAUUCAUUCACUAUAAACACAAGGCCACACAUUUUGUUGUUUCUGAGGAGAUUCUAGAGGGAAAAAAAAUCACUAUCACCAGCACAUGGCAGGUAAGGUAAGUUGGGAGUGCCGAUUUUCUGUAAAAGCCUAUGGAACAUGAAUGGUAUCAGCAGAAAGCUUUACGGAUGCAAAAAGCUUUGUGGCAGCUCCUCUCAAACUCAUAGAUCUGAGUCUUUAAAUGUGUCUGUGAAGAUGCUGUUGAAACUCCAACCCAUGCAAUUAUGUUGGCAUAAAACAUACUGAAGUUGUUGUUCAGCUAGAUGGGCCUUUUAAUUGUAGCUGGUGAAUUGAAAAAAAUAGGUUGUACACACAUACCAAUCCUUCUUAUCCUUUUCUGUAGAGGUUUAUCAACCACAAGAUACUGUGGUGAUAAUGACAAGAGAUACCCAGCUGCACACAGAUGUACCUUUAUUAAGCUAACAUCAAGGUAAUUUCCUAGUCUCUCUAGAAUUAUGCAACUGAGUUUUCAGACCAUCUUUUCUUUAUCAAUGCAUGGCACUUUAUGGACAGUUUUGGGCUGAGGUUGGAAGGGACAGCUGGAGAUGGUGUAUUCCAACUGCACUGCUUAGGGCAGGGCUGACAGACGCAGGUUGCUCAGUUAGUUGUCCUUUGGCUUUUGAGUAUCACCGAAGAUGGAGACUCUACAGCUCCUCUAGGCAACACAUUCCAGUGUUCAAAUCUCCUCAUACUGAAAAUAAAAUCUUUGAGCAGACUGUCUUGUAUUUCAAGUUGUGCCCACUUUUUCUUGUCCCACCACUGGAUAACACAGUGGACUCUGGCUCUAUCUUCUUGACUGCCUCUCAUCAGGAACUGAUACACAUUGACAGGAUUCUCUCAGCUGCCUUCAUCAAUCCAACUGACACGCUAUAUUUCUCAAACUUCUGUUGGCUGAUACAGAGCAGCAGAAGCAUAGGAGCAUUACCUUUCUCUCGUUUGCAAAGGCCGUAAGGUGCCAUUUGAAUCACUAGAGAAACUACUACUAAUUUUCAAUGUCCUUUACCUGAAACAAGAGAAUAAAUUUUAUUCUGAGUCUUGAACUGUUUUGAGAAACACUUGAGUGAGCACCACAUAGAGGACAUAGAACAGUCUUAGUAUGCACCACUUUACAGGUAGUUACACUAACUAGCUACUACCUACUACUAACCGAAUGCAAUGAGAAUAAAUUUGAAAAAUAUUAUGAUACAUUAAUAGAAGAUGAUGCAGCUAUUAGCAUUUAGACUGUCCUCUUUCUGGUGGGGCUUCUUUCUCAGUACAGUUAAGAUUUUGGGAGAGUAAGACAGAAAACAUGGUGAACUUCAUGAUGCUGUGAGUGGCUAGGUUCUAGGAAGAAAGCCCUCGAACUUCUAGGGGCUGAGCCCUCUAAAGUUAAAGGCCCCGACUUCUUCACCAGCAGCAAUAUAAAAAAUGGGUGUUUCACAAAAUGGAAAGAAAUAAAGCAACAAAAAGUUGGUUUGUAGAAGAUCAACUUUCUGCAGAGCGUUAAACUCUUCAGUUACUUAAAUAGCUUUUAAACCUUCUAUUAUUUCAGUAGCCUGACUUCAGAAAGCUAUUUGGUCUAAAUUUCAUAAAAAUGAAGAGAAAUCAGUACUUCUAGCAAAAUUCUUUAUUAAUAGUUUCUGUAGGUAUGAUGUCACAUAACAAUAACAGAACAUCAUGCCAGUAUAAAGAGAAAUCUUAGCAUUACAGAAAUCUUCAAAGUUUAAACAGUUAUCAGUCCCACUUUGAGGAAUACCAGCUGGUCCUCAUGUCAAAAUCCAUGGUAACUUGAGCAUCUUCACAUUAAAUUACCUUGCUGAAUAAAGGUAGAAGCCCUGGCACAUGAACUCGGGUAGGAUGUACAUAAUUCCAUAAUGUAUAUUAAUUCUUCUAAGAUUAAGGUAAUGUCUCCAAAAAGGCUGCAAAUAAACAUGAGUUUUUACUUAGCAUGAAGUGAUAUUGAAAUGAACAGGGAAAGAGUGGGAAUGCUUUAUGACAUGCAAUUAAUUAAAAAUGUUCAGAGCUAUGAACCUCCUCCUUAUACACAUCUUAUAUUCAAAACUAACAUCCUCUGUUAAAGUCUGAGUUCCCUACUAUUCAUGCUAGUAAUUGUUACUUAAGAGUCUGAGUGUAACGGUUAGUUCAGCUAAUUAAACUAAAGUUAAUUUCCAUCUUUUUAGUUAGCACUAAAGCUUGUAAAACCCAAACCUGAGAACUUUACCAAAAUAUGAAAGUGAAUUUUUGCUUUUGUUUAACCAGAUUUAGAGAAGGAGAUUGUUGUCUAAUGCCAGUACUUGCAACAAAGAUUCUUUAAGCAUGCUUGAGAACCAGGGUUAUGUGAUUGCAUACCAGCCCUGUGCUCAGCACAGUGAAACAGUCAUAUUGUUUUAGGGCAUGUUGGGUAGCUCAGCUGGGUCUGGCAUAGUAGAACAUUCUACAGACAAGUCUGACAACUGCAUAUUUCUUACUUAUGGAGAUUAGAGAUUUUUCACAUCAGAAUCCAGAUCAUUCAGAUAACCCGUUAAUAAGGAAAACAGUUGAAAAACCUUAAAUCCUUUAUUUUUUGGCGAUGAGUAACUCUGAAAAGGGACACACUUGCCUUAUGAUUUAUUGUAUUUAAGGAGGGCAAGCUUUUUUUUUUUUUUUAAUGUACAGCACAGUAUUUAUUCCUAAAACUGUGGGCCAGAAGCAAGAGAGAGGUGAAGAAUGCAUUAUAAAAAGCAUGCAGGCUACCAGGGAGCAGGUACAACUACUCUGUAACACCAAGAUUCCUCAACAUUUGGAGUUAAAAUUCAAGCAUGUGAAAGCACGUCCCUUUACCAUUUUAGAGGAUACCUAAUAUUUAUUCUAUGCAAUAACAUUUAAAGCUCUGAGCUGUCACUCAGGAAAAUGUUAGCUUUCUUAAGACUUGCCAACCCAACUAUUCUGCACUGGUCUCAAAACUACAGACACCAAUGACAUCAAAAUAUUCCUCUCAAAAUACAUGCACUGAUCUUUUUCUCAAGAACACAGACAUCAAGCUCAGAAAACCCACAAUCUUUAAGAUUCAGGCUCAAAACUAUAAUCAUCUUGCACGCCUUUCUCACAAAGUUCGGCAGGAACUGGUGCUAUUUGCUACAACCCUAUCUCAAGUCCAGUUCUUGCAUACAAGCUAAAAAGAUCAAAAUCUCUCCUGAGGAAAUGAUUCCAACCCCCAGAGCAGACUAAUCUUUUCUCCCCUAUUUCCUAAAGGGACCCAUGCCACGAGGCAGCUUCAGAAAGUGAGGUUUACAGGUAUUGCCAAAACAGCCUCUCAACUAUGGCAAGAAAAUUGGUUCAACUUGAGUGGGGGAACAUAGAGGAAUCAAAACCAAGUACUUCCAACUUUAACAAGUGAAGAUUAUUGAUUUAAGUUCAUUCUGUCCAGCUCUGCAGGAUAUUCCUUCUCCAGGAAUGUCAUUCCCUGCAGCAACAUGGAGGGAGAACUUCUGGCUCUCUCCUCCUGUCCCCCGAAGUGUAAGGAGUUAAAUAUUUCAGAGAAAGGAUGGAUUAAUUAGCUAGCUCAUUUUAUAGUAACUUGAAAAUCUUUUAAGACAUCUAUUUUUAGAUCUCAUUAUCAGUUUGUGUAUUUACAACUACAAUUAAAGAAAGCAAACUCAUUGUUUCCUCAAUCCCCUUCACACAAAGAAGACUAGGAACCUCUCCAUCCAUGGUCUUACAAAGAGAAGGUUCCUGUCACUCCCCUCUUCCCCUCCCACUUCCCUCCCCUGUGCCAUGAAAGUAACAAAAAACCAAAGCAGUAUCAAUCACGGCCAAUCCCUUUACAAUUAAAUUACACACAGGCAGAGUGUGGGAAAAGAUAAAUGCAUCUCUUCAGAUGCCAUAAAACGUCUAGAAUUUGCCUUUGUUGUGUGCAAAUACUAUUUACCAUGUGUUCCUAAACCUGAGCACCAUACACUGAACGAAACAAAGGAAAUACAUUAUACUUCAAACUUAAAGUAAUUCACUAUUUGAUUGAUUUAAUGGAAAAUACUAUUUUUGCUAAUAACAAAAAAGGGAUAUUUGCAUCUACAAGUGAAGUUGGAAAAUUUAACAUAGGAAAUGGGAUAAUUUCUGCACAAUAGAGGUGAGGUAGGGAAUUUUAUUGAAAAUAUUUUUUUUUUUUUUUACAAGUUCUUAGAAAUAAAGUUCUCUAAUCUCACACAAAUGUCUGUACCUCAAAAAUUCAGCUAUGCUAAUAUGAAACAUUUAUAUUUACAGUUUGCCAAAAGAAUAUACAGGACUGCCGGUUUAUGCAAAUACCGAAGUACCAGAUCACAGUGAGAUACAUAAUUUCAGCACUUUCACCAUUAGGAACAGAACUAAGAUUCAACACACAAAAGAAUCUCACUAUUCUCUAAACCUCCUAUCUCACAAAAAGGGAAGAUUUUCAAUAGUGUUGUAGCAAGGUCUCCACUAAUACUUCAUUUUACAAGUUACAUAAUGCAUGUACUCAAAUUUACAACAACAAAAACCCUGUAAUCAGUGAGGAACAGAAUAAUAGCGUUGUCAAUUAGCCUUUUAUUGCAUUUAUUCAGUCAUUCACUUGUGAGGCUGAUGCUGAUCCCAUUAAUUUUCACUUAUUUCAAACAAUUUACCCAGGCUGAAAUCCACACCACUCACUGCUGUGCAGUGGGCUACAGCCAGGGAACAUUAGUGGCAUCCUGUUGCAUACACUCUCCCUCCCUCCCUCUCAUCCUUCACUACCACCACACCAAAUUUAGUUUCAAACACAAAGACAAAUACAGUUUCACAUAUUUACAGUUACAUUGAAAUCCAAAACCAAUUAAUUUUAUGGACUUUUUUUUUUUAAACAGAGAAACCAAAAAUCAGUUUGGAUCUCAAUGUAGCAUAGCAACAUUUUGUCCACAAGAAUUCACAAUUUCCUAGAAUCCAAGUAGGAAAGUUCUUUUGAAUCAGCACCUUAAGAUGAAGACCUAUGCUCUUUUCCAAUUUGUAUUAGACAGGCACUAGUUAUCAUCCAGACAUUUAACUCAAACUAAUGACAGUAAUUGCUAUACAUACAGUACAAUGUAUUGCUUAUCCAAAGUGGCUGUAUACGACGCAUUUCUUGGCACAACUAUUGAAACAGACUUGAAAAAAAUUAGUGUAGUACUUUGAAGACUAAUUAAGACAAUUUACUGCUCUUCCAUUCAUCUGUCCAAACUGUUGUCUAGGACAGUACAUAACACGGAUUACAUUUGUUAUAGUUCUAAUAGUAGAGCUGAGAUGAAAAGGAAACAGACUAUAAAAGGAUAGAAAGUACUCAACAAUGCAGAUAUGUAACAAAGAGUUUAAAUACAUUCUGAAUGUAGAAAAAUAACCAAGUUGGUACACAUCAUAUAGCUUUGCAUUUUCUACAUGGGCCAAGAUUUAAGCUUAGAUUUAGCAGAGAAGAUACUAUUGGGUUUCCAUUUAAAUAUCCCUUAAGCAUAAAAACAGCAUCCAUAGUUCAAAUAAAACUUAUUCAAGUAAUUACAAGUGUUUGCAUUACUGGAAACGGAGUAUUACAUAGUAAUUGAUAUGCCUGUAGUUACCUAAUACAGCAACUACCAAAUGGGUAGAUACUGAACAGGUUGAUCAUUUAAAGCACGCUGUAGUAACACAACUGAAAGGGCUAUGCUUCAGAUGUAGUGUCUGAGACAUGCAUAAUUACACAAGCAGUAAGUGAAUGAGGUGGCUUAGCAAAAGCAUAUUUCACAACAUGAUCAUUUCUAAAUUAAAAUAAAUCAUUACAAACUGGCUGU